UUUUGCCACCAUUCCUUUGAAAAACCCUGACAAGAAAAAGCAGUUCUGUGGUUCAGAUUAAUUUGAGAAUUCUAAAAUGGAGGAUGAUAAAGAAUUUCAACAACCCAGAGAGUGUAGUAAGACACAAGAAAUUGAUGAUCUCUAUCAAUCAGUUGCUGAAUUGUACAGUGAAACCCCAGAAAGUUCACCUGGACCACAGAAAUCUACAUCUCUACCUUCAUGGAGCUUCUCACCUAUACCAAAUACAGGAAUCCAUCUCUGUCAGCCAAGAUCUACCACCCCAAAUGAGUACAGCUACAAUUACUCUGAUAUCAGUAACCAUAGCAAUGCUGAAUGGCCGUAUCCAAUGUAUAACUGGUAUUAUGCUGCCAACUACAUGCACAGCAGAAGUAUGGCUGAACAACAGCAACAACAGCAGCAACAGCCACAACCAGAAAGUGUCAAACCAGAACCAGGAGCUGUUGCAGUUUAUAACAUGCCUACAUAUAACGUAGAACUCUCCCGAUGCUCCACACCAGAACUUAUCUCAGUGCUUGCUAAUUUACCAGCUGACAAACAAGAACACAGAUCCACCUCUACAAGCUCGUCGGAAAAAGUACCAUCAAAUUCUCGUCAUCAUUAUUAUUAUUCUCAAAGUUCAUCAAUGUGUGCGUCCCAGAAUUCAUCACACAUGUAUCUACAAAUGGCUGGAGGUUACCAAGACAGUGGUUAUAACUCUGAUUUAAACAUGUCACCGGUGUAUCCAUAUCAACAAAAAUCUGGUAACAAUUCUCAGUACUAUGUGAAGUCAACUGAGAGUGCAGUUAAAAGUGCUGAUAGCUCUGAUGAUGAAAACAAAGAAAACGAUAUUCCACAAAUAAAUGAAAUUCCGUAUGAUCAAUUUGACAGAAAUGACAUGACACCAGAAAUGACAAGUUCAGUGCUAAAUCUGGCAAACUAUUCUGAUGAGUUGUCAACAUUAGAAAGACAGAUUCAAUCUAGUGAUAUUUCGUCCAGUGAAUAUCCAGCAACAUGUCUAACAAGGUUGCCAAAACUGCCAGAAAGUAGUCUACGUAUUCCAUGCAAAAUGCCUUCAAGUGCUGUCGGUAAGCGUAAACUGUCCGAGACCACAACAAAUAUCAACUUAUCAAGCAAGAGACAGCGACAUAAUCAGCCACUCAAUAACGAUGCUAUCAAGGUCAUGAUGACAUGGUACGAGUCACAUCGAGACAGUCCAUAUCCAAACAAAGCUGAAAAAGAUCAAAUGGCCAAAGACGGAGGUAUCAGCGUUACUCAAGUCAAGUCCUGGUUUGCAAAUAAACGUAAUCGUAAUAACAACACUCGUCCAAAGGUACAGAAAAGACAAAUGGAGGAACGUUUAAUGGAUAUUUGUCACCAGCUAGCUCGAGAUGCUAAACAUCCGUCCAUGAACAAUGCCGAUCUCAUUCAACAGUUGUCGUCAAUUAUUACCAUCCCAAGCAAUGACAUUUAAACUUUUUAAAUGGAUUACACAAGUGUUAAAAGUGAUGUGACCUCUUUAAAUGGAUAACUGUUAUUAUUGUGAAAAGCAAAAUGUAUUGCGUCAUGGCUGUGAAUGGAUAAUUGUGUUUGAGACUAGCUGUAUCCCUGUGUUUUGUGUUGUUUUAAUUGUUGCACAGUAUAGUGCUUGUAUGUAUUUGUGCUGAACCUUUAGUGUUCUAUAAAACUGUGAUUAUUUGACAAUGUGUUGCCAAACUAUUUAUUUUCCGUCCCCUUUAAGACAAAAGAUUUUUAACCUAAGUAGGGCUUUCCAUAUAAAUAUGUUCUGUUUUGUUAAAAAUAAAUCA